AUGUGGGGGCCUGGGUUCAACGUGUCUCGAGAGCUGCUCUUGGCGAUCCGCCAGAGCAACCAGCAACGAGUGCAUCAUCUCGUGGAGGGCCUCGUGGGAGCCCUGCGGCAACAACGAGAGGCGCAAGUGGGCUGGUCAGCCGAGACUUUCGGCACAUCCGUGUGGGAUUUUGCUUGCGCGGUCCAGCGCUUGUCGCGGCUUGCUCUGGGUGAGCACGAAAGAGCCUUCUGGACGGAAGUGACGCAUGUCAUUCGACAAACUCAUCUUUCACUGCAGCCUCGUGAGCUCGCUCUAUUUUGCAAUGCGUUGGCGUCAUCGCCGACGGUCGAACCUGCACGGCUGCUCCUCAAGCGGGUCGUUGAACUUCAAGCCGAAAUGACCGCCAAAGACCUCCAGAUGGUGCUGCACGGUCUUUCUCACUGUGCUGCGACUGGAGAGGAUCCAGGAUUUCCCGACCUGGCAUCGAGAGAAAGCCUGGCAGCCACUGUCCUGAAGGUUCGGUUGGACAAGGAUCAUCCGGUGCAAGCAGCGCAGCUGUUGGCUGCUUUCGUCAGGUUGCGCCACGACAAUGAUGCCGUGCUCUCCAAGCACCUCUUUGACCACGCAGUUGAAACACUUCCUGGAUGGGAUGUGCAGUCCUUGACUGUUCUCUGCACGGCAAUUGCAGGAAGUCGUCGUGCAGCAAGAGCAUCGAUUGAACUGGCUGAAGGAUCCGAGGAAGCUUGGGAGGCAAUUGUUUCGAGAUUGGUUGAACUCCUGCCAAAAGCCAAGCCAUGGCAGCUUGCAUCUCUGGCCCGUGCGCUCAAAAAAGUCGGUGCCUCACACAGGAGCGUGGAGCCUUUUUAUGAUGGGAUGGAACAGUUGCUGACUUCGACAGACCGCUCGGACUCCUUUUCGCCGGCUGACUUGACCUUCGUCGUGAACGGUUUGGCCCAGCAGAGGUGUCUGCAGCUACGCCGGCCUGAUGCUGAAACCACGAGCUUAAAUGACACGCAGCCUCUCACGUCGUGGGUUUUUGAAGAGCAAGUUGGGCGCAAGCUACAUGCCUUCAGCUCAUCAGAGCUUGCCGUGGUCCUGCAUGCAGCGAUGCGGCUGAGACGCGGUGGUGCUGACUUCUUCGACAUGCUCUUGCCGAAGCUGUUGGAAUCCAAGAACCUCACGGCCAAGCAGCUGGCGCACGCCUUCAGCGCUUCGGCCGCGGCCGGCCUCUUCUUGUCGGACCUCACCCGGCCGAUGCGGCUGCUGCGCCAGCUUCUUCCAACGUGUGCAAUGCUAGGCCCUUCGCUAACUCCGUGGCAGCUGGCCUCAGAGCUCAGAGCCUCUGCAUAG